GGGGCUCGCCAACCUGGGAAGGGAGCCCACCUAGGAGAAGGAAUACUCUGAUCCUAAACCACUACUGCCUUGCUGGAGAUCUCCAGGAGAAGAAAAGGCUAAGGAGUAAACCCUACACAAAUCCAGAAUGGAGUUCCUAAGAUGGUUGGGUGGCACUAUGUACACCUCCUUCCAUUUACUCCUGCAUCCGAGCUGGUGCCAAGCAUAUUGCUCUUUUUUGUUUCGACCGCAUCAGUGAGCCCAAGAAGAGGGGUUUGUCAUUUGGGCAGCCUGGGACUCCAUACCCACUGCCCAGGCUUGAGCCCUGGGGAGGUCAGUUCGGUGCUGCUAAAACAGCAGUUUGACCCUACCCCUGGAGGUGCACUCCAUUGUCUUUCCAGGCAGAUGGAUGUUCAAGAUCCUCUCUGGCAACCCAUCUAGAAAAGCCUAAUUUAAUAAGAUUCUUUCUUUUGGUAGAAGAUGAUUUCACUGCUGGAAUAUAGGACUUAUGAAAAAUAUAUAGGCCUUACUUAUAAAAAACUAUACCCUCUUUACUAGCCCUGCAGAAGAUGAACACAUUUUUUGUGUGGGGGGGAUGCUAUCUAGGUGUAUUCCAUUGAUCUUGAAAAUACAUAUGCAAGAUUCAACCAAGACAGCAGGGCAAUCCACCAGAUACACUUAGGGAGGCAUUUAUUGUCCCGAGACGCUCUCAAAUCCACUGCUCCUUGUUGUAACCUCUGAGUUGGAUGGGCAGGGUGAAAGUAACCCAGCCUGCUAUUCUGUGAUCGAAUCAUUUUCACCAGCCCUUUGAAGCCUGUUCUUUUUCAGAUCUCCAGGUUGCCAUGGCUUCCCCCUCCCCCACCCCCUUUGUAAACACUUGCAGGGGGAUUCUUUCUGAUUGGCUUCUGUUGAGAAUGGCUGCCUGGCAACAGGCACAAAGCGUGCUUAGCAACCAGGCUGAUAACAGAAGAGCAGUUGUAGGAAGCGGAGGCCGAGAGGAGGACUGCCUGCCUGGAGAAGAGGAGUGAAUGUUGCUGCCAUGGCGACUCUGAGUGUGAAGCCCGGCCAGAGGUACACACUUCCAGACUGGCGCACCCACUUUGACCUCAUUGCAACCAAUGCUGAGCGACAGCGCUUGGCAUCCCACCAGAUCAGGCAGGAGGGCCGGGUCCUUCGCAAUGAAACAAAUAACCAGACAAAAUGGGAUGAAUAUGACAACCGCACACGCCUUCUUGAGCGGAUCGAAGUCGUCAAUCGAGCGAAGGAAACUCUGGACAAAUGCCUCACGGACAUCGACACGGAAAUCUAUGCCUUGACUCAAAUGAAGGAGGAGGCAGAGCGUGCCCUGCAGGCUAAGAACUUGCAACUGGAUGUGGCCAUUGAAAAUCUCACUCUGCGGGAAAGCCGCCGAGACAUCGAUGUGGUGAAGGAUCCUGUCGAGGAAGAACUGCACAAAGAGGUGGAGGUGAUUGAUGCUACUACGAAAGAUCUUCAGCAGAAAGUGAGCGAGGCCUUUGAGCAGCUCUGCUUGUUGCAGGAAGCCCGCCAACAGCUGAACUUUGCCCAUCGAGGGAAAACGGAAGCCGUGGAGAUUGACCGGACCUGUGUUUCCCUCAAUAUCAACUCUCCAAAUAUCUCCUAUAAAGUCAAUCCUACCCGAGUGCCGAUUGGAACUCUCACUCCAGAGGAAUGGGAUCAGAUCACUCAAUACAACAAGGAUCGAGCAGAGGCAGAAAUGAAAGCAGCCUCAGAUCUGCGAGAAGCCAUGGCCCUCACCAUUGCCCAGACUGAGAAUGAACUAGAAGCUCAGCGCGUGGCCACAGAAUUUGCCUUCCGGAAGAGGCUCCAUGAAGUGGAGCAAGCCCUUGAUGAGCUGAGGUGGCAAGAGAAGAAUACCCUAGAAGAAAUUGCCGAAAUGGAAGAGGACAUCAGGCGCCUGGAGGACGACAUCCGGGCAAAGGUGGUGAAUCUGAAACUGGCUCAUACCCGUCUGGAGACCCGGACUUACCGCUCCAACACAGAGCUUUGCCGUGACCAGGCUCAGCAUGGAUUGACAGAUGAGGUGCAUCAGCUGGAAGGCACCAUUGCUUGUCUGAAUCAGAAGCUGGCACAGUUACAGGAUGCUCUGGAUGCUCUCUACAAACACCUGGACCGUAUCCAGGCAAACAUCGUCUACAAAUUGAACUCCCUGACGCUGGAUAACAAGUGCAUGGAUGUCAGGCGGAAGCUGACAAUCCCUGCUGAAAAAUUUGUGCCUGAGGUGGACACCUUCAACCGAACCACCAAUCGCACUCUUUCACCCCUCAAGUGCCGACAGCUGGAACUGGCUUAGAAUAAUGGCAUGAGAUGCAUAAUCCCUUGAGUAAUACUGAAGAAGGAAUUGGCUUGGGAAGUGAGUGACAGUCCCUGCCCUCCGCCCAGUGACUUGCUUCCAUGCCAAGCACAGAUGACAUCUGUCUCAUGUUAAGAGUGACAUGACUUUCCUUCUCCCUUUUGACCCAUUUCUGUUCUCAAAGGUUGUAUAAAGCUUCCCCUUGUUUACAGCUUUGGUAUUCCAAGAAAGUGUGAUAACCAAUAAAUCUGUCCCCAGCGACAGUAUUUCUGACACAUCAA